AGUUCCGUCUCUGGGCCGGGAGUCAGUUGAGUAGAUUUGUGAUCCACUUGUUUACGGUAACGAGAAUGACUGUACUUGCUCACUGAUCAUACCGACUUGUCCUGUAAUUAUCGUGUCAUUUGGCUUUCUUUCCCGCACGUCCGUUGCGGAAGCGAGCUGUGAAUGACAGACAUCGUGUCCUCCACUGUACUUAGUGAAAUACAACUUCGCUUACUCUGUCAUGAUGACAUAGAUACAGUGAAGCAACUCUGUGGCGAUUGGUUCCCAAUAGAGUAUCCAGAUUCAUGGUACCGGGACAUCACGUCCAACAAGAAAUUUUUUUCCCUAGCAGCCACGUAUAAAGGUGGCAUAGUAGGAAUGAUUGUGGCCGAAAUAAAAAAUCGAACAAAGGUGCACAAAGAGGACGGAGAUAUUCUGGCCUCUGGUUUUCCUGUAGAGACACAAGUUGCUUACAUUUUAAGUCUAGGAGUUGUAAAGGACUUCCGAAAACAUGGAAUAGGUUCAUUAUUACUGGAAAGUCUGAAGGAUCACAUAUCAACCACUGCUCAAGAUCAUUGCAAAGCAAUCUAUUUGCAUGUCCUUACUACUAAUAGUACUGCCAUCCACUUCUAUGAAAAUAGGGACUUUAAACAACAUCAUUAUCUGCCCUAUUAUUACUCUAUACGUGGUGUUUUAAAGGAUGGGUUCACUUAUGUUCUUUAUAUCAACGGGGGACAUCCUCCUUGGACAAUCUUUGACUAUAUUCAUCAUAUUGGCUCAUCUCUGGUGAAUCUGAGGCCUUGCUCCAUUCCUCAGCGAAUAUACCGUCAAGCGCAGAACAUUAUUCGCAGUUUUUUACCCUGGCCUGGUAUCUCAGCAAAAAGUGGUAUUGAAUAUAGCAGAGCAAUGUGAUUUUUUUUUUGAAGAAAAAUUCUGAAAAGGACAAAAGCACUUUAGAUUAUUUGAUGCUAAUGAGCAAAGUGACCAAGGAAGACUCUUUCCAUAACUGAUGUCUGCAGCAAGCUUUCUAGUCAGCGUUGUUGAAGUGCGGUCCAGAGAAGACAUCCUAAAGCAUCAUUAUAGUUCUGUUGCCCAACUUGUAAAUUCAAAUAUAAUGUCUAAACAAUUAUUUCAAAGUUUAGCAUUCAUAUUCUUAAGUAUUAUUUUUAAUAUUGUUGAAAUAUAUACUCUUCAGCCUCAAAACAGACCACGUGCACUGAAUAUAUUUGUAUUUCUUCCGGACAUCCAUAUGCCAAGCAGGGAAGAUGGGACGCCAUAUUUCAAGAUGCUCAGAGAUACUCCCAUCAUUGAUGCAAUUCUAAUUCUACAUAGAAUGUAUUAUAUUACAGUGUUACCCAUCUAUUAGAUAUGGAGCAAGGGCAGUGCGCCAAGAUUUAUUUGUUCCAUUCAUGCCUUUUCAUCACUUUUUACAUACUGUAAUUUGCUGCUAUGUAGAAAACCACUUCAUCUUUGUAAUUAUGUAUGAAUUCCAAAUGUAGGUGCAUUAUUUUGCUUGAGUAUUUCAGCUUUAUUGUGACGAAGAUUCUUUAUUUUGAUUUUACCACAUGUAGGUUUUAAAGAUGCUGAACUAGUUUAUGUGUUCUCUUCCUUUUACAGCCGUUACCUGCAAUUCAUUGUUGGGCUUGUAACAGUUACAAAAAUCUAGUUUUUUUUAAAUUGAUGGACAUUUUGGCUAUCAAAGUGCCUACUUUUAGUUGCAAUAUAAAGGAGUCUUUCUAUAUCUCUGUCCUUUACAGAACUGCAUUGAAUGUACUUGGUUUACUUUACGUAUUUUGAUUGGGAAAGGGGAGGGUGGGGAGGAAGGGUGGAAACAUGCAGACACUUCAGCUGUUUUUGUCAAUCAUUUGAAUGACCACUUAAUGGAAUAAAGGUUAUCAUUAAUUCAAGAAAGUGGUGGAAAAGCCCAAUGUAAGCAAUCACUGUUUUGAACAGCUAUUUAUGCUGCUAUUCACUACUUUCUUAUGCCAUUCUAUAUCUUGAUUUCUUGACUUUCAAAUCUUGUCUUUCAUAUUUGGGAAAUUACACUUUUUGGCAGUUUAGAGCAUCUAUAUAAAUUUGUUUUGAACUGCUCCAUAUAAACACAACAUUAAAUGUGGUUUCCCUUCCUAAAAGCAAAAAUUCAUUUUCCUUUCUCUCGCUUUUGCAGUGCAUGAAUUACUUAAUCAAUGUGUGGCUCUGUCCAUAUGUUAGACUGUAAUCAAAUGUGUAAAUAAUUGCAAGGUUUUUCAUCAAUUUUGGUAUAUGCCUGUUAAUUAUUGUAAUGGUGUAAUGUAUGUGUCACAGAUGGGAAUACAGAUCAUUAUGAACUGCUAGAACUACUGUGAAAAGUGUUCCUAUGUAAUGUGUCAAUCUACAUGAAUUUCAACAUUUUUUAGCAGUGAUCUAGCUGUUUAAAAUUUUAAAAUUCAUUCCAUGAUUCUAUUUAGGAAAAAAUGCCUACACUGUUUCACAGAAUUUUAAAAUUUUGGCACCAAUGACAAUCAGUGUAUGACUUUUAAACAGUAAUUGCACUUUAGAUGUAUAGUAAAUGUUAAUAUAUUUAUGUAGUGACACCCCUUCUAUCUGGGCAGACUUUAUUUCAAUACACAGACUUCUGAUCUAUUAAUGAAAACCAGUAUUCAUUGUUCAUGGACACCAGGCUCUAUGGAAAAAUAGAACCAUAGUGUAAAGUAAAGAUCAAAUAUUCAGAAUUUCAAUUGACUACAAUAGUAGUUAAACAUACAAACAGAAUAAUAAAGAUUCCACUCUAAUGUAGUAUCUUGCUUUGUUGUAUUUUUUUAAUGUGGGCAUUGAAGUUAACAAUUUUUCUUAUUUUUGAACUAAUUGACUUAUGGACUGCUGCAUUAAUUUGAGAAAUGUAUUUGUUUAUUGCAUAAGUGUUUUUAAAUAGAAUUACAUUUUGUUUCUUGUUUUACAAAACUUACAGAUUCUUGUGCAGAAUUUUUUUUAAAGCAAUUAGAUCACAUAAAUUUACUGGUCACAGCACUGAAAAAUGUUGCUCAAAUGAUUAAAAAAAUGUCAAAA